AUGUUGACUGGCAGCGCCAUAUCGUCGGUUCUUUCACGUAGAGCAAAACUCUGCGGCACAGGCCCAAUUUGCAACAGUUGCGCACGUGUAGGGUCUCUGGCUGAGGUGUGUCCGCUUUCGGUGUUGUACAAUUGGUCUGAGCAGUUGAAGCUGCAUGCGCCUUCGCUCCGGGUGCGCACCUACCACGGGCCAGACCGGGACAAAUCUCCUGGCAGCUUCCGACUGCAGGACGUGACAUUGACGACCUACGAUGUGCUGCGCGCGGAGGUGCGUGACCUGAGCAAAGGCCUGGGCUCGGUGUCUUGGCACCGCGCGGUGCUGGACGAGGCCCAUGUGAUCAAGGGCCACAAGCAGGCGACGGCCCAGGCAGUGUUCCAACUGGUGAAAGCGGACUGCAAGUGGUGCCUCACCGGCACACCCAUCCAGAACUCCGUGGAAGAUUUGUUUUCCCUGGCGCGGUUCUUGAAGCUUGAGCCUUUCGACCAGUUCGACUGGUUCAACCGCACCAUCCUGCGGCCCUUGAAGAACCGCGAUGUGGUGGGCUUUGAGCGCCUGCAAGUGUUGCUUCGUUUCUGGUGCCUGCGCCGAACCAAAGACAUGAGCAUCUUGGAUUCCAGUGGCAAGAGGCGGCCACUGUUGCUCCUGCCCAGCAAGACCUUGGAGUUGGUGCGUGUGCCUUUGGAGUCCAGCGACCGUGUGCUCUACGACCGCCUCUUCAACUGUGCCAGCGAGAGGGUUCAGGAGAUGCAAGCCCGCAGCCAACUGGGGCAGAAUUUCUCACAAGUUCUUUCACUGUUGACCCGUCUUCGGCAGCUUUGCUGCUCAGCUGGGCUCCUGCCAGCAAACCUGCUGGCCGAACUUCGCAGUGGGAAAGGUGAUGUCGGCCGCGUGUUCGACGCAGCAGUCGCUGCCCUUGGCAGCAAUCGCGUGGAGCAGUUGCUGAAGAAUUUGGCAGAAGCCCAGGAGGAUGACUGCAGUAUUUGCAUGGAGCCCAGCUGCGACAUCGUCACGCGCUGUGGCCACGUCUUUCACCGCGGCUGCAUUGAGACAGCCCUGCGACAGCUUGGAAGAAGCGGGCAGGGGCACUGUCCUCUCUGCCGCGGCAGCAUCAAGAAGGCGGAGCUGCUCGAGAAGCCUGCAGACUUUUGCCGGCAACAACGCGCGCGCUCUCCAACUGCGCGGCGCCACAAACCCUCGCAGCCAAAUUCGGCAGGUAAGGUUUGGACAUGGCCCUGA